CACCGAGUUCCCCUCGGCUUGCCGAGGUCAGGGGUCAUGGCUCUUCCCGGGGAGGGUCCGGCAGGCCUAGAGCGGUCUGGCUGGUGACACAGAAAGCCAGUGCAUUACAUAACCGCGAGACGUUCCUCUCCGCUGCGCCCCUCGCCCCUAGUCAAGCCGCAGCACUUAGACCGGAUCCCCGCGCUAAAUCCUCUUCGCCCGCCAGGCCCACUGCCCCGCCGAGCUGGCGGGGCUGAAUGAGCCGGUGCAUUUCAAAGGCCGAGCACUGGGAUUUUCCGCGCCACGCUUCCCUCCCCCGGCGUUGCCAGCUGGGCCCCCUGCCCCAGCCUCGCCGGCGCCUCCGCCCAGUCCGCUCCCCGCCCCACCGAAGCGCGGAUCUCGCCGCCUGGGGCCCGGGAAGGGGCCACCGCGCAGGGACGCGGCUCGGCGGGUGCGCCCCGGGGGCAUGUCGGCGCACUACUGCCGGGGCUGCAGUGGUCCCGGCGAGAUGGCGAGUAACCCAUGUGCCAGGUAGCGUUCUAUGCCAACCUUGAAUGCCAACAGGAGGUCACUGGACAGCAAACUCUUCCAAGAUCAUAACUUGGCUGUUGGAGCAACCUGGAAAAGAAGAAAAAAGAAAAACGAUGGCAAAAGUAAAUAGAGCUCAGUCUACCUCCCCUCCAGAUGGAGGCUGGGGCUGGAUGAUUGUGGCUGGCUGUUUCCUUGUUACCAUCUGCACCCGGGCAGUCACAAGAUGUAUCUCAAUUUUUUUUGUGGAGUUCCAGACAUACUUCACUCAGGAUUAUGCACAAACGGCGUGGAUCCAUUCCAUUGUAGAUUGUGUAACCAUGCUCUGUGCUCCACUUGGGAGUGUUGUCAGUAACCAUUUAUCCUGUCAAGUGGGAAUCAUGCUGGGUGGCUUGCUUGCAUCUACCGGACUCAUCCUGAGCUCAUUUGCCACGAGUCUGAAGCAUCUCUACCUCACUCUGGGAGUUCUUACAGGUCUGGGAUUUGCACUUUGUUACUCUCCAGCUAUUGCCAUGGUUGGCAAGUACUUCAGCAGACGGAAAGCCCUUGCUUAUGGUAUUGCCAUGUCAGGAAGUGGCAUUGGCACCUUCAUCCUGGCUCCUGUGGUUCAGCUCCUUAUUGAACAGUUUUCCUGGCGGGGAGCCUUACUCAUUCUUGGGGGCUUUGUCUUGAAUCUCUGUGUUUGUGGUGCCUUGAUGAGGCCAAUUACUCUUAAAGAGGAUCACACAACUCCAGAGCAGAACCAUGUCUGUAGAACUCAGAAAGAAGACUUUAAGCGGGUGUCUCCCUAUUCAUCUUUGACCAAAGAAUGGGCACAAACUUGCCUCUGUUGCUGUUUGCAGCAAGAGUACAGUUUUUUACUGAUGUCAGACUUUGUUGUGUUAGCCAUCUCCGUUCUGUUUAUGGCUUAUGGCUGCAGCCCUCUGUUUGUGUACUUGGUGCCUUAUGCUUUGAGUGUUGGAGUAAGUCAUCAGCAAGCUGCUUUUCUUAUGUCCAUACUUGGAGUGAUUGACAUUAUUGGCAAUAUUACAUUUGGAUGGCUGACCGACAGAAGGUGUCUGAAGAAUUACCAGUACGUUUGCUACCUCUUUGCUGUGGGAAUGGAUGGGCUCUGCUAUCUCUGCCUCCCAAUGCUUCAAAGUCUCCCUCUGCUUGUGCCUUUCUCUUGUACCUUUGGCUACUUUGAUGGUGCCUAUGUGACUUUGAUCCCAGUAGUGACCACAGAGAUAGUGGGGACCACCUCUUUGUCAUCAGCGCUUGGUGUGGUAUACUUCCUUCACGCAGUGCCAUACUUGGUGAGCCCACCCAUCGCAGGAUGGCUGGUAGAUACCACUGGCAGCUACACUGCAGCAUUCCUCCUCUGUGGAUUUUCAAUGAUAUUUAGUUCUGUGUUGCUUGGCUUUGGUAGACUUGUAAAGAGAAUGAGAAAAACCCAGCUGCAGUUCAUUGCCAAAGAAUCCGAUCCCAAGCUGCAGCUAUGGACCAAUGGAUCAGUGGCUUAUUCUGUGGAGAGAGAAUUAGAUCAGAAACAUGGGGAGCCUGUGGCUACAGCAGUGCCUGGCUACAGCCUCACAUGACCAAUGGCCUUGAGCCCCAGAAUCUUCAGAUUUGAGAGAGGUGUGGGGCCAGCAGAUUCUUCGUGUUUCUGAAACUUUUUAUUUUGGCAGAAGUAUUGCCUUCCAAGGAAACUAUUAUUAUUGUUUUGUUAACAUAUUAAUAUUUAUAAGGGAAAAUAGCACAUAAUAAAGAAAGCUGGA